CCGCUCUCUCUUCUCAUCCUUCAAUGUCGCGCUCCACCUCUUCCCUUCGUGUGCUCAAGAGAUUCGCCGUGCAGCACCGUGGCCUAGCGACAACGACACCUUCCGUAGCCGUGAAACCAGCAUUUAAAAACCAGCUAGAUGCAGGGCCCUCACUAGACGACUUCAUUUCGGGGGACGCUGCCCCACAGGAACGAAUAGUGCUCGGGAACACCAGAGGGCCUCGUCUUCCCUCCUUUCUGAAAACGUCCAUUCCUUCUGGAGAAUCCUUCAAGAAAAUCAAGAAGGAUCUUCGCGGUCUUGGCUUACAUACCGUUUGCGAGGAGGCCCGCUGCCCGAAUAUUGGUGAUUGCUGGGGUGGCAAGCCCGGUGCCACUGAGGCGGAGGGUCGAAGUGCGGCAACAGCGACCAUUAUGUUAAUGGGGGACACCUGCACCCGAGGCUGCAGGUUCUGCUCUGUCAAGACCUCACGCGCGCCACCGCCGCUCGACCCGCAUGAACCAGAGAACACCGCUGAAGCGAUCAGUCGAUGGGGUCUUGGGUACAUCGUGCUGACCAGUGUUGACCGGGACGACCUGGUAGAUGGUGGCUCACAUCAUUUUGCCGAGACCAUCCGCAAAAUCAAGCACAAGGCUUCUCACAUCCUUGUCGAAGCUCUCACCGGCGACUUUGGUGGCUCAAUGGAGGAUGUUUCCAUUGUCGCCAAGUCGGGACUCGACGUCUACGCUCACAACAUCGAAACUGUGGAGGCUCUGACUCCUUUCGUCCGCGAUCGGCGGGCCACCUUCAGGACAAGUCUGAAGGUGCUCGAGCACGCCAAAAAGGAGGGUGUUCGCAUCACCAAGACCAGCAUCAUGCUCGGUGUUGGUGAGAACGAGGAACAAGUGCUCGACGCUUUGAGAGAGCUACGAAAGAUCGACGUUGAUGUUGUCACUUUCGGCCAAUACAUGAGGCCAACGAAGCGGCACAUGAAAGUGGAUCGAUACGUUGAGCCAGCAGAGUUCGACAAGUGGAAGACGGUCGCAGAGGACAUGGGCUUCUUAUACGUUGCAAGCGGUCCUCUCGUCCGCAGCAGCUACAAGGCCGGGGAAUUCUACAUUGAGAAUGUUUUGCGCAACAAAGGUGUCGAGAAGAAGGCCAAGACACUGCUCGCCAGCCAGAUUGCAAGCGCACCUUCCGUGGAUGCACUCAAAACUUUCGUUGACCUCGUCACUCCCUCCCAAAACAAGAUGGACUCCUCCAAGGCCCCCGUAAAACUCGCCACCGUCAUCAAGGUCCUCGGUAGGACUGGCUCUCGAGGAGGUGUCACUCAAGUCCGCGUCGAGUUCAUGGACGACACCACCCGUACAAUCAUCCGGAACGUGAAGGGACCCGUCCGUGAAAAAGAUAUCCUUGCUCUGCUUGAGAGUGAGCGUGAGGCUCGUCGCUUGCGGUGAUCCACCUUGGCUACCUGUCGUCGCAUAUUUCUUUCCCAUCUGUACUCAGCCUCCAAUCCACAAUGGGUUUCACGCCGCGCACUCCGAGCUUCUAUCGACUAUGCGAUGCAAGAUAUUCACGAGCACGAUUUAUUAUGUUGAGCAUACCAUAUGAGACCAAUAUGCACCUUCUCUGCUUCUAGUUUGCUUUCAUCUUGUCCGCUUUUACGGAGUGUAAGAAUCAG